CGAGGCUCCCCUGUCUUGUCCUGCCUCCGACGUAGACACUGAUUUAUUGGAUUCUCGUUGCCGGCACUUACCGUCCCUUUUCUUUAUCUCUAAAAGGGCACGGUUGCUCGCGUGGGAAUUAAUUCCAAAAGCCACGAUACUCUCACCGUGGAUGCUUCAAUUAGUUAGUUAAAGCGCGCAGCGUAAUUUCGCUACCGUCAAUCGGCGACCAAUGUACAGUGAAAAAUAAAAGGGCGAAAGAGUCGAGGAAUGUCUGUGGUUCGUGUCCGGUAUCAAGGCCGCUCCUAAGAGGGAAAACGGUCCUCGUUUCUGCCAUAAAAUCGGCCGGUCCCUCGGCUCGAGGUCGGCUUUUUACCCCAAAAAUCAGGUAAUUUCGUGUAAUCUUCCCGGAGGUUUGGGCGUGGCCAAACCGCAAAGAUACUCGGCCGGGCAGCAGCAUGUGUCAUUAACCGAAUCUUCCACAACGACCCUGGUCUAUCUGCUCUCUUCUCAUUCCGGAAGAAUGGAUUUCCCAAUUACUAGCAAUUACCUAGAGUGCACGAAAUUGAUACGUCGAUCUGGCACCUCCGACCAGCGAACGAUCGCCUGCUCAUUAAAUAAUCUCUGGUGCUUGACCUCGUAGCGCAUUAAAAAAGGAAGAGUGUUUUAUCGAUCAACAGGCUUACGCGUUUUUCUAAAAGUUUAGAUUGCGAUCCCUUGUGAAUCACCAGUCAACGAUUAGUUCCAGUCGCGACUCUUCCUUUCGCAAGAGCACCGAAGAACUACUCGGAGUCGAGGUAAGCGCGUACACUCGUGCCCUUUCGCGAGACACUCCUAAAACGUCAACCUGAACGAUUGUUCGCCGUUGAAAAAAAGACCCUUGGUGCUUUCGUCAUCGUCGGUACAAGACGGUGUCCUUAUUGGAGAUGGACUGGUGUCCAUCUUCGGCCACGUAUGGGUCCCUGUCCAGCAUCCACGAAGAAACCACCGAGUGACGGGUAUACCCUCUGUCAUACAGCGGCACCCCACCACGGCCACAGGUUCCCGCAGAAUCACCCUCCACUUCCGUUUCGCUUGGUAGCCACUCCUCUCAGCCUCCUCUGUUGAUAUUUCCUCGCGCGUGUAUCUCGUCAGUCGGCCUGGAGCCACGUGCGUGUGCUCGAGAAGCUCCAGUACACGGAAGACUUUGUCUAUUUUUCAACGACUUUGUAUGCGCUUCCAAUGAGAACUGACAAGACUGUUUCAUUGUGAGAACAGAGAAAUUCAAUUAGAGGACCGACUAAGUGCGCGAAGAAGUGACUUUUAAAAAAAAGAUAGUCAAAGAACCGAGCCGCUCUUCGAUUAUUACAGUGCCUUGGAAACUGUGAAACGUGUCUAUAGGAAUCAUCAGAAACGAACCGCGCCGUCUCGACGUCGAGUCUAAAACGACCAGGAAACCCAAACUCGAAGACAGAUGACGGAGGGCAGGGAGGACUAAAAAUAUCGGUCGCCGGCACGCUGUACACUUCAACUUAAACAAUUUCACCGGCUGGAGAACGGCCUAGCUCUAGCUUCUAAUCCCGCUGAGAACUUCCAGACGCUGAUUAGUUGAAGAGACGCGACCCGACACGCUGCACCGGGGAACGCGCGCGCGUUUAUCUAUCGCGUUUCUCGAUAAUCCCUAAUCGCACCUGAGUACAUUUUCACAGAAGUUGGGAACAGCGAACGAUGCUUCUUAGUAAGCAAUCGAAUUUCUGAAACCUAUGAGAUGGACGCGUCAAACAAGGAGGCUGCUAACGGGAGCAGGGGACUCGUCGAGUGGCCGCUUUGAAACCGCCCCGGGACCAUCCAGGAGCAUCCUCGCCACGGGAAAAAGGCUUGGAAGCCCCUCCUCGAGUUCUUCCACUCGUGGUGUUUUACGACUCGAGCUCGCUUGAAAUUCCUCGCGCGAAGUCGCGGCCGUAUUUAUAGAGCCGCGCGGGGCUCGCGGGUUCACGCCACUUCGCGCACGUACAAUCACGCUUGUGCUCUCCAGGAGAAGAGGAAGGUAGGGAAUAAAAGCUAAGAGGGAACGACGACGACGCGACGUCAACUGCGAGGACAACGAGCACGCGGCAUGUCGCGACCAUGAGGCGAUGCGUCCGCGACGGCCCGCUUCGUCGUCGAACUGUCUGCGCUGCCCGCUGCCCUCGGGCCUCCAUCCACCGGGCAUGAUCGGCCGCCUCCUGGGGGCGAACGCGGCCCUCCUCUUCCUUUUGCUGUUCCUCGUCGCCGCUGUCCACGCCGAAUACCUCUCGAGUGGAAACGAGACGUUUUUGCCUGACGGGAACAAUGACACGAGCUUGCUUCGAACGGACGAUCAGGAUCCUGCCGCGGACCAAUCGUCGAACAACAAAUCUAGGAAAUUGAUGCACUUCACUAACUGGAGCGAAUGGAGCGUGUGCGAUCGCCACUGCACGCAGAAUCGCGUGCGAAGGUGUAGGGUGAAGAAGAAGUGCGGCACGACGAUACUUAGAGAAGAACGAGUGUGUCAACACAAUAGGAAAGGGAGGUGGAGGAGAUGCAAGCACCAACAACGGCGAGGCCAUCGACAAAGAGCCAAGUUCCACGUCGUACAAAUUCCGAAGAAAGAAGCAGAGCUCAGACAGGGCAAGCGAAGGGACAAGGAACAGUCUGUGGGCUACUAUGGAAAGUGGAGCAAGUGGUCACCUUGUACAAGACUGUGCACCACGCAGCGUCACAGGUGGUGUAAGAAGCCCGGUAUUUGCGGGCGCGACGUUAUAAGGGAAAGCGCUUACUGCUACGUCGAGGGCAGCUUCUGUCAAAGAUGGAUUCGUCGGAAAAUUCGUGGGAGUCAAGAAGAGGACAACGACGAUCUACUGGACGAAUUCGUGUUCGAUCCGAACACCGUCGACAGUUUUAUUCCAGAAAAAAAUUCUCAUGUUUGGAAGUGCGGCGUUUCAAAUACUCAAAAGACUUCUCGUCUUUCCUAUUUCACGAGGAUCAUCGGUGGGAAGCCAUCGAUCCCCGGGAGCUGGCCCUGGCAAGUGGCCGUGUUGAACAGAUAUCGUGAGGCUUUUUGCGGUGGCACUUUAGUCUCCCCAAGAUGGGUACUGACCGCGGCUCAUUGUAUCAGAAAACGACUUUAUGUGCGUAUCGGGGAGCACGAUUUAACCGUUCAAGAGGGCAAUGAAUUGGAAUUAAGGGUGGACUCGAUAACUGUACACCCUGAGUACGACGCGAACAUAGUGGACAACGACGUUGCAAUGUUACGACUUCCGGUAACGUUGACAAUGUCACCGUCCAGAGGAAUCGCUUGCCUCCCGGCACCCAAUCAACCUCUACCCGCGAAGCAACUGUGCACGAUCAUCGGAUGGGGAAAGUCUCGAGUCACCGAUAACUUCGGAACCGACGUUCUUCACGAGGCUCGAAUUCCGAUCGUGUCUUUGGAAGCGUGUAGAGAUGUGUACGUGGACUACGCGAUCACAGAUAAUAUGUUCUGCGCUGGCUAUCUUCGCGGACGGAUGGAUUCUUGCGCGGGUGAUAGCGGUGGUCCACUUUUGUGCCAAGACCCGAAAAAACCUAACCGACCGUGGACCAUUUUUGGCAUCACCAGUUUUGGUGAAGGAUGUGGGAAACGUGGAAAGUUCGGAAUAUACGCGAAAUUGUCAAACUACGUAUUAUGGAUAAACAAAGUGAUGGAAGAAACUGACGAGUUCAACUGAGAAUUUUUUAUGAACACCUGCGUGAUCGUGUAUCAAUGUGAGGACGACGUUCAUGUAAAUUUAAUGUAUGAUUGCAGUGACGGAACGAUCAUUCUAACUGCCAUCCAGUGUCAUUUACUAUUACACUUUUCGCAACACACCAUUAUUUUUUGUAUAGUGCUAAAAAAAGGAGAAUGUCGAAAAAUUUGAAACAACAAACUAGCGUGCAAUAC